AUGGUUUGGAAGGAUAGAUUCUGCCUGUUCGUGCUGCUUCUCUGCUUCAUCCCUACAUCUUCUUUGCCAGAAUCUGAUACGAAGAAACUAUUUGCUCUGAGGAAGGUGGUUCCUGAAGGCUUCCUCGGUAACUGGUUUGAUAAAAAAACUCCUCCAUGCAGCUGGUCAGGUAUAACUUGUGUGGGGCAGACUGUUGUGGCCAUAGACCUGUCCUCUGUACCACUCUAUGUCCCCUUUCCAUCAUGCAUCGGGGCAUUCCAGUCACUUGUUCGGCUAAAUGUCAGUGGAUGCGGGUUCUCCGGUGAGCUUCCAGAAGUCCUGGGGAAUUUGUGGCAUCUCCAGUACCUAGACUUGAGCUAUAAUCAGCUUGUUGGUCCCUUACCAGUCUCACUAUUUGACUUGAAGAUGCUCAAAAAACUCGUACUUGACAACAACUUACUGUCUGGACAGCUCAGCCCUGCCAUUGGUCAGCUUCAGCACCUCACUAUGCUAUCCAUGUCCAUGAAUUCCAUCUCUGGUGUCCUUCCUUCAGAGCUGGGCAGCCUUGAGAACCUGGAGUUUGUGUACCUUAACAGUAACUCAUUCAACGGGUCGAUACCGGCAGCUUUCAGUAACCUGACCCGUCUCUCAAGGCUUGAUGCAAGUAAGAACAGACUUACUGGAUCACUGUUCCCGGGAAUAGGUGCAUUGGUGAACCUGACCACACUUGAUUUAUCGUCAAACGGUUUGAUGGGACCAAUACCCUUGGAGAUUGGUCAGCUAGAAAAUCUAGAAUGGUUAUUUUUAAUGGACAAUCAUUUUAGUGGAAGCAUUCCAGAAGAGAUUGGUAACCUGACGCGCCUAAAAGGACUUAAACUCUUCAAGUGCAAGUUCACGGGUACCAUACCUUGGUCAAUAGGUGGGCUCAAAAGCUUGAUGAUUCUUGAUAUAUCAGAGAAUACCUUCAAUGCUGAACUGCCAACAUCUGUUGGGGAGCUGAGUAAUCUAACAGUACUGAUGGCAUACAGUGCAGGGCUCAUUGGGACCAUACCAAAAGAACUUGGUAAGUGCAAGAAGCUUACUAAAAUAAAACUGUCCGCCAAUUAUUUCACUGGCUCUAUCCCUGAAGAACUUGCAGAUUUAGAAGCUCUUAUCCAGUUUGACACGGAAAGGAACAAACUGUCCGGUCACAUUCCAGAUUGGAUUCUAAACUGGGGGAAUAUUGAGUCUAUAAAGUUGACGAACAACAUGUUCCAUGGGCCUCUGCCGUUGCUGCCUUUGCAGCAUUUGGUUAGUUUCUCUGCAGGAAACAACCUGCUCUCAGGUCUUAUCCCCGCCGGGAUAUGCCAAGCAAACUCUCUGCAGUCAAUUAUUUUGAAUUAUAACAAUCUGACUGGGAGUAUCAAGGAGACAUUCAAAGGAUGCAGGAACCUCACUAAACUGAAUUUACAAGCUAACAAUCUCCAUGGUGAGAUACCAGAAUACUUGGCUGAGCUACCGCUAGUAAAACUGGAUCUUUCUGUAAACAAUUUCACGGGGUUGCUGCCUAAGAAGUUGUGCGAGUCAUCAACCAUUGUGCAUCUCUAUCUCAGCAGUAAUCAGCUCACCAACUUGAUUCCUGAGUGCAUCGGCAAACUGUCUGGCUUGAAGAUUCUACAGAUUGACAAUAACUACUUGGAAGGACCGAUCCCACGGUCGGUUGGCGCUCUAAGGAAUUUGGCAACAUUGUCUCUACGUGGCAAUAGAUUAUCUGGGAACAUCCCACUAGAGCUCUUCAACUGCACAAACCUUGUCACGCUGGACCUGAGCUAUAACAAUUUCACUGGACACAUCCCGAGGGCAAUAUCACACUUGACACUGCUCAAUAUCUUGGUUUUGUCCCAUAACCAACUGUCAGGUGUUAUCCCUGCUGAGAUAUGUGUGGGAUUCUCACGCUCAUCUCAGUCUGACGUGGAGUUCUUUCAGUACCAUGGACUUCUUGACCUGUCAUACAACCGCUUGACCGGUCAGAUCCCGCCAACGAUCAAGGGUUGUGCUAUAGUGAUGGAUCUAUACCUGCAGGGUAACUUACUGAGUGGAACUAUUCCUGAAGGGCUUGCCGAGCUGACAAGACUUGUAACCAUGGAUCUUUCUUUCAAUGAAUUAGUUGGGCACAUGCUUCCUUGGUCUGCGCCAUCAGUACAGCUUCAGGGCCUUAUUCUGUCUAAUAACCAACUGAAUGGCUCCAUUCCUGCUGAGAUAGAUCGCAUUCUUCCCAAAGUUACAAUGCUGAACUUGUCCCAUAAUGCACUUACUGGCAAUCUACCUCGGUCUUUGCUCUGCAAUCAGAACCUAAGCCAUCUGGAUGUCAGUAACAAUAACCUGUUCGGACAAAUCCCAUUCUCCUGUCCUGGUGGGGACAAAGGAUGGUCGAGCACACUGAUCUCAUUCAAUGCAAGCAAUAACCAUUUCUCAGGAAGCCUAGAUGGGUCUAUCUCCAACUUCACAAAGCUGACUUAUCUUGAUAUCCACAACAAUAGCCUCAACGGAAGCCUGCCUUCAGCUAUUUCCAGUGUUACUAGUUUGAACUACCUUGACCUCUCAAGCAACGAUUUCAGUGGCACCAUCCCUUGCAGUAUCUGCGAUAUAUUCAGCCUCUUCUUUGUGAACUUGUCUGGUAAUCAAAUUGUUGGCACAUAUAGCUUAUCAGACUGUGUCGCAGGAGGCAGUUGUGCUGCUAAUAACAUCGAUCACAAGGCAGUUCAUCCAUCUCAUAAAGUUCUAAUAGCAGCAACCAUAUGUGGCAUUGCGAUCGCUGUCAUUCUGUCGGUUCUUUUGGUGGUUUAUCUGAGACAGAGACUAUUGAAGAGAAGGUCCCCAUUGGCUCUUGGACAUGCGAGCAAGACCAACACGACCGAUGAGCUAACCUUAAGGAAUGAACUCCUAGGGAAGAAGUCACAGGAGCCUCCAAGUAUCAACCUUGCGAUAUUUGAGCACUCAUUGAUGAAGGUUGCCGCAGAUGAUAUCCUAAAAGCCACCGAGAAUUUCAGCAUGCUGCACAUCAUAGGUGAUGGUGGGUUUGGCACUGUCUACAGGGCAGCGCUGCCUGGAGGCCCGCAAGUUGCGGUCAAGAGGCUCCACAAUGGCCAUCGGUUCCAAGCUAACCGUGAAUUCCAUGCUGAGAUGGAGACCAUUGGGAAGGUGAAGCACCCAAACCUAGUUCCGCUGCUUGGUUACUGCGCUUCUGGCGAUGAGCGGUUCCUGAUCUAUGAGUACAUGGAGCAUGGGAACCUUGAGACAUGGUUGAGGAAUAACCGAACGGACGCAGCUGAGGCACUAGGAUGGCCGGACCGUCUCAAGAUCUGCCUUGGCUCUGCCCAGGGCCUGGCGUUCCUGCACCAUGGCUUCGUGCCCCAUGUCAUCCACCGGGACAUGAAAUCGAGCAAUAUUCUGCUUGACAGGAACAUGGAGCCGAGGGUCUCCGACUUUGGUCUCGCGAGGAUAAUCAGCGCAUGUGAGACCCAUGUCAGCACCAACGUCGCCGGCACACUCGGCUACGUCCCCCCAGAGUAUGGGCUGGUGAUGAAAUCCACAGUGAGGGGUGAUGUCUACAGCUUUGGGGUUGUCAUGCUAGAGGUGCUGACCGGGCGGCCACCAACAGGGCAGGAGAUUGAGGAAGGUGGUGGAAACCUUGUUGGCUGGGUCCAGUGGAUGGUCGCAUGCCGCUGUGAGAAUGAGCUGUUCGAUCCCUGCCUGCCGGUUUCAGGCGUGUGUAGGCAGCAGAUGGCACGUGUGCUCGCCAUUGCCCAGGAAUGCACCGCUGAUGAUCCGUGGAGGAGGCCGACCAUGCUGGAGGUGGUGACAGGUCUCAAAGCGACCCAGAUGAUGGAAUGCGGACCUUCAGUGGUGACAGUCUCCAGGCAGGACAUGUAAUGCAUACAGAAUGACAUUUGCUGGAAAAAGAUCACCAGAUUAAGGAUAAACUUCGGCUAUCUGGAGUACCAUAAUGAUUAGGAGAUGCUAAACAAGGUUGCACGCAUGUAACCUAAAUAAUGGUGUAUGUACCGUCCCCAUGAUCUGGUAGUUUAGAUGUGCGAUGGCAGGCUCAGGAGAUGUUGUUUUUGUGCAAUUUUAGGUGCUUCACAUUUUUAAUCACCAGUACUAAGUUCAUGUUUC